AUGGAAAAGAUACCGGUCGAUGCACUCAUUGGCUUCGCACAACAGAUCAUCGACGGUGACCCGAAGAUCACCAUUCCGCUGGAGAUACUCAAUGUCACGAAAGACACCAUAGAUGGGAGAAGAGCAUGUGCGGGGUGGUACUCCGGCUUUGAACGCGACCAGGAAUUGCCUCGAGAUGUUAUCGACUCCAAUACAAAACACCGAUACUUUCUGCUGCAGCUGGAAACGGUUUUCGAAGCUCGCCGCAGAGAAGUGAAGAGUCGUAGACCAAAGCGGAAGAAGAAGAUCGAGCUCAGUGGUGCGGAACAUCUGACCAAUCUGUACCAGCAUCUUCAGCUCGAAGAGCCCAGCAGCAGCGAGAGCAGCAACCCGUCAAGCUCGAGUACGAAGCCCAAAAAGCCAGUCGUUGAGGAGCAUGACUACUCAUUGGCGGACAGCGAGGAAGACGACAAGGCCUUUGCGGUCUACUGCAUGUUCCAAGAUCUUUGGGAGCUGAGGAUGCAGAUCGGGCAGCUGUGGCAUGACUAUCAUACCGGCAAGAUCAGCUUCAUCGCAGCAUCUCACACAACAGAGAGCGCAAUCCAAAUUGCCUUUCUUUUGGCCGGAGAUUUUCACAGCACCCACUCAGACCUUCAAAACUUUGACCAGAUUGUGGACUACUUGGGCCACGAGUCAUACAUCAGUGUCGCCAGAUACUGUGGCGGCGGUCAAGUUGAGGCCGGUUCUAGUGACCCAGCCUCAGCGUCGGCAUUGGAACACAAGGAUUCGUUCUUGUUGAUGCCGGCUUGGUGUGCCAUCAACGAUGUCCGGCAGCUCGCACUAGACCUUCACAUCCAGCGUUCAAGUGUACAGGCGUCGAGACCUACAACAGUAUUUCCUGGUCAUCGUUUUUUGCUGAACAUAGUGGGCGAUCUGGGAAAGCUGGCAGGCCUACCCUGCCAAGAGUACACAGAGGAGUUCCGGACCCAGCUAGACGGCCCUUGGCUGAUGCCCUACUGCGAUCACUAUACCGCCCGACUUUUCGGACUGGUAUCAGCACCCACGCCUUUCGGUGCCGGCAUACCUGCGGCGACCGCCAUGUAUAUGAAUGUCUACGAUGUGCUCGAGGGUGACCUUGAACGCGGUCUUCAAUACAACUACUGGUGUGAGCAAACAUCUGAGUACGCACGAUCUGACUCAGGCGGGACGCUGUUUGACACCGCGAUCGCCAUCGUCCCUACUUUCGAGGCAGCGAGCGCUCAAGGCUGGCUGAUGCAUACACCCAAACGCUCUUUUGACCCCAUGAACCCUGACUAUCUUAGGAGCCUACGGGCCCAAGCUAAGCAGCGCUACUCGUCGGUCGCGAAACAAGUCGAGUACCUGCAGGCCAACGCACCUUGUUUAAUUAGGAGACCAAUCCUGAUGCCAGCGAAUGUUCUGGCCGCGUUGCCGCUCCUCGCGGGACAAGCCACUUGGACAGCACUCAUGCAGUACGAGACCAGCACGAAGAGCUUCAUUAACUUCCACCAGACCGUACUUGCUUCGAUGCAUCUGCAUAACACAACAAUGCUCCAAUAUAGCUGCAGUGAAGAGUGGCUAGACAUGGACUUCGCCCUCAAACAAGAGCCGAGAACGUCUCAGCUGCUGCAUGCUGGCGAUGGUACCAUCGCCUCAGCUGCCAAGCAAUACGCUUUAGCUAUGGGUGUGAGUCCCCAAGAUGUCAUGCGCAAGCAGGCUCCCAAACUUCCCCGUCACCUAACUUCUGCCACCAAAGCACCGAAAUUGGCUCAGGAAGCCGAUCUCGUUGAGAAGGAAGGACUUGGGGUCCUGCUCAGGGACCAGGAUAUCGUUGACACAUACAUGGAGGUCGACAUAUAG